AGUAAUGGCGCACACUUAUUUGCAGAGCCAUGUUAUAAAUACGGCAAGUGUGAAUGAGGCGGCGUCCUCAGCUGUUUCCCUGCCUUCACUGUUACUGACACCUGCACGGGGGAAAGAGAAAUGCCUGAUCCUGCAAAAUCAGCUCCUGCGCCCAAAAAGGGAUCCAAAAAGGCUGUGACCAAAACCCAGAAGAAGGGAGACAAGAAGCGCCGCAAGACCAGGAAGGAGAGCUACGCCAUCUAUGUGUACAAAGUGCUGAAGCAGGUGCACCCAGACACGGGGAUCUCCUCCAAGGCCAUGGGCAUCAUGAACUCGUUUGUCAACGACAUCUUCGAGCGCAUCGCUGGGGAAGCGUCGCGCCUGGCGCACUACAACAAGCGCUCCACCAUCACCUCCAGGGAGAUCCAGACCGCCGUGCGCCUGCUGCUGCCCGGCGAGCUGGCCAAGCACGCCGUGUCCGAGGGCACCAAGGCCGUGACCAAGUAUACGAGCUCUAAAUAAGAGUGUGUCGACAUGGUCUGCCGCUGAGAUGGUCUUCAAAGCUCCGUCUGUGAUGUUUUGCUUCAGAGAGAGCGAAUGCCAAAUGAACCCAGGCCUUGCGCCGAAUAUACUGGGACUGUAGUCUGCCAUUUUGUUUUAAAAACCCAGUGUCUGUGUUUUUUUCUGAGCUGUGUCAACAAUUUUUAAGAAUGAAUGUAAACCAAUCGGUGCUUUUAAACUGGAAUCGACGUUUGAUUUGUUUUUGCACCGUAUAAUGCACCUUACUAGAUGACCUGAUGUCACUCUGACAAACAUUGGAAAUAAACUUAACUACUAUUGAGUGA